AUGGCUACCAACGGCGCUUCGAAACCCUCGGUCUUGAUCGUGGGUGGUCUGGGAUAUAUUGGCCGCUUUCUGGCCAAACACAUACACGAUCAGCAGCUCGCGUCCACCGUGCGAAUAGUCGACAAGGUUCUGCCUCAACUGGCUCAUCUUGCGCCCGAGUUCGACGAAGCAUGCUCCCCCCAGAUCUGUAUCCAGGCCGAUGCCUCCCGCGAGACCUCCAUGGCCAAGAUCUUCGAACACCCAGGCGGCCCUGAUGCGAAGUGGGACUAUGUCUUCAAUCUCGCAGGUGAGACCAUGUGGUCACAGACACCCGAAAUAUACAGGCUGCGGUCGCUGCAAGUCAGUGUCACCUUAGCCAAAGAGGCGGCCAAGUGCGGAGUCAAGGCGUUUGUCGAGGCAAGCACAGGCAUGGUCUAUGCUCCCAACCGGACGCCACGCACGGAACAAGACAAGUUAAAGCCUUGGCUUAGGUUGUCAAAGGUGAAACUUGAGGCCGAGCAAGAGAUAGCAAAGAUACCGGGUCUGAAUCUGGCCAUUCUCCGCCUCCCCUACGUUUAUGGCGACUACGACUCCAAGUUCUUUGCAAAAGCCCUGUGUCUCUCACGCGUGUACCAAGAAACUGGUGAAGAACUCAAGUGGUUGUGGACCGAGGAUCUUCGCAUCAACACAGUCCACGUGGAAGAUACUGCCCGAGCGUUCUGGGAAGUGGCCGUGUGGAGAUCCACGCAUGACAGCAUUCCCCCUUCGUCACCAACCUCGAGUCGACGCUCGACAAUAGGCUCGAGAGGAGAGGACCCUCCUGCCGGGAAUGUGCCAAUCUUCAACAUUGUCGAUCACGGCGAUACGAGUCAGGGCAAACUGGCAAGUAUCUUAUCCGAGGUGUUCGGUAUCAAGACCGGUUUUCAAGGCUCUUUGAUAUCUCAAUUCGCAAGGCUGAACCUCGAUCGUGUCGUUGACGAGCUGAACGAAGACUGUUUACAAGAAUGGGCCGAUCUACUGGAACGGAAAGAAAUCACCCAACCUGGCCCACUGACUCCAUUUCUUGAGAAGGAGCUUCUCAAAGACGCCGACUUGAGCCUUGACGGGAGUCUGUUUGAGAAAGUCGUGGGGUUCACCUACAAAUACGCCGAUGGAUUAACACCCGAGGUUAUCAAGCAGAUAAUCGCCAGCUACGAAAAGAUGGGAUGGUGGCCUUAA